GGUGAGGGAAGGGCCAGGCGGGGGGGGGGGGGGAGCCUGGCAGCCGGGAGAUGGCGACGCUCAGAGCCGCCAAGCAGACGCUUCGCCUGGACCUCAAGAAGAGGGUGUCGGCGCUGAGCGAGGCCGAGAAAAGGAGCCAAACACUGGCCGUCACUCGCCAGCUUUUUGUUCACCCCAAGUACCAGAAUGCCGAAAGAAUUGCUGUCUUUCUGAGCUUACCUGAUGAGAUUCAGACAGAAGACGUAAUAGAAGAUAUUUUUCAGCGUGGGAAACAAUGCUUCAUCCCACGAUACAAGUCACGAAGCAACCACAUGGAUAUGGUGAAACUCACAUCAGCUGAAGAAAUACAGAAUCUUCCUCUUACAUCAUGGAAUAUUCGUCAGCCUGCUAAUGAAGACAAUUCUUGGCAAGAGGCAUUAGCCUCAGGAGGUCUGGAUCUCAUUUUGAUGCCUGGCCUGGGGUUCGACAAACAAGGAAACAGACUGGGAAGGGGAAAAGGAUACUAUGACACGUACCUGGCUCGCUGCCUGCAGCACCCUAAGGGAAAACCAUUCACCAUUGCAUUGGCCUUCAGAGAACAAGUCUGUGAAUUGGUUCCUGUGGCUGAAAAUGACAUCCAAAUUGAUGAGCUAUUGUAUGCAAUUCAGUAAAUUACUUAAUUUGAAGUAUUUCAUGUUAAUUGCCUUAAAAUUAAAGCUCGUCAAUUGUGUGUUUUGGAAAAAAAAGACCCUUUGGAAAUAAUUAUAUCCAACUUAGUAAAGUUCAUUUUUUUCUGAAGAAUGACAUUUCAUAAUUUAUUCUGAGAAAUAU